AUGGCUGUGGCUACUCCAAGAAAGGCUUCGCUGCCCACCGAGUAUACAUCACUCCUACCGAAUCCUUUAGACGAGCACGACUCAACUAGCCCAGAUGAAAGCGAAGAUACCAGCACCGGGCAUCCCAUGCUAGCCGAGUUGUGGUUACUGUUCAAGAGAUGUGUGCCCGUAAUUCUCGCCUACACUUUGCAGAAUAGUCUCCAAACAGCAUCAGUGCUCAUUGUUGGGCGGUCGUCUCCUGAAAAUCUGGCGGCGGCUGCUUUUGCGUUCAUGUUCGCUGCAUGCAGUGGAUGGCUCAUUGCACUCGGCGGUACUACUGCCAUUGAUACACUGGCAUCUUCGUCGUUCACUGGUAGCACGAACAAGCAUGAUCUUGGCAUCCUCUUGCAGCGUGGCUUCGUUGUGCUUGGACUAUUUUAUAUUCCAGUGGCCAUUCUUUGGGCAUUUGCAGAGCAUAUCUUUCUCUUUCUUGGACAAGAUCCGGUGUUGUCACGAGAUAGUGCUAGGUUUCUUCUGUGCCUGAUUCCUGGAGGGCUGGGGUAUAUCUACUUUGAAUCGAUGAAAAAGUAUCUUCAAGCGCAAGGCGAGUUCUGCCUCUGA